AUGAUAAGCCAUGACAGGAAGAAUUUGAUGAGGUCGACCACAGAUCGGCCUCUGAGGUUUGCGCUUCUGGGACCCCAUAACUCGUCCAAGUCGUCGAUUGUUUCGAUCAUCACAAACAACAAAUCUCUUGGUAAUUACUACCCUACUAUCCAGAACUCCCCCACAUUACUGCAGUUUCAGCCUGCAAACCCCAAAACCAGGACCCUACUGGAUAUCAACGCAACUGAGGCGGACUUUGAGGAAAUGGGAAUUAUAGGAGGCACCGAUAUCAACCUCACAGAGCCUAUUUUGAAUGCGCUCAAAAAAACACAGUCAAGAAAUACGUCUACCGAGUACGUUCUCAGCAAGACUCUCAACUACUACGACCUGGACUACACACAGUUGGACGACAAGCUAUCUCCGAUAUCGCCCUAUUCAUCGCCGUUGAAUUACAGCAGCUUUUCGAGUCCCUUUAGUUCGCCUUUUGAGCAGCCUUUCGAAAAGCAAUUUUUUCGGUCGAAUUCCAGUAACCACAGUGCGUAUACUCCGCCAUACACCACACCAAUUCUUAUUGAACUGAUCGACACGCCUGGCGUGGAGGCAGAGGAGCUCAUACCUUUUUUGGAACGGUCUUUAGACUCGAGAUUGGCCAAGGACGUUCUGAGGAACCUGGCCGAGGACAACGACGGAGGACUUGGACGUGCUAGGGUGAAGCCGUUGAUAGUCGGGUCUGGAAUUAGUGACCUGAACGGCUCCAUCGAUGGAUACAUUCUCUGCUAUAGCUGCAUUCCAGAAACGACGCUGGACUCUCCACCCCCGUCUUACUGCGUGACGGACGAUCCGCAAGACAGCCAGCCUCUCAAGCCGUUGGAAGUGGUCAAGGCGAUCAAAUCGACUUUGGAGGAGGCAUGGACAGAGUUUUUAAGAUACCACCAUAACUGGGAGGUUGGCAAGGAGUAUGACAUCUUCUCUAUCAACCGCUCUCUCAAAACUUUGUGGACUAAAUCCAAAAUAGCACAGACGGACCCCAACGCAACGUAUCUUCCUCCCAUCGUGAUGGUCGCGACCCAUUGUGCACAUGAGCUGGCGUCGCCGGUGCUGAUCGAAGAAGGCAGGAAAUUGGCCAAACAAUGGAGCUUCCCGUUCAUCGAGAUCGACUGUUCGUUCGAGAACUGGACGAACGUGGAAGAAUGCGUGGGGCUGAUGAUCAGAGAGAGUAUCGAGUCGCAAAGAGCAGCAGGCCGGUUGGGCGCGCUCAAAAAGAGCAAGGUCGCGGCAGCCAUAAAGCCCAAGGUCCAUAUAGCAUAG